AUGCUGAGGAGCUCUCUGCGGCGGCGUCCGGAGGCGAUGCUACCGCGCAGGGCGCUCAGUACACUGCGUGAGCAACACGUUAACGAAACAAUGGAGCUGCAUUCGUCAGUUCGGACAUUGGAUUACGACGGAUACCUGUGCGGUCUGUUGUUGCCGCGAACGACACGUUCGUCCGUCUUUGCAAUACGCGCCUUCAAUGCCGAGAUCGCAACUAUCAAAGACGCGGUGCACAGUAACCAAAUGACAGGCAAAAUCCGCAUGCAAUGGUGGAGAGAGCGUAUCUACAAUUUGUACGAAGUCUCAGGCGCGACGGGUGCCAACCGACCCGAGCAGUCGACGCUGUUACUGCGGGAGCUGGACAAGGCCGUGCAGGAGCACGACUUGACGCGGCGAUGGUUCGAGCGGAUGCUGGAUGCGCGAGACCGAGACCUCGAUCGUGAAGAGGUACAAGACCUGCAUGAGCUCGAAGCAUACGCGGAGCAGACGGCCUCGUCUCUGCUGUACCUCACGCUCGAGUGCCUCGGCAUUCGCAACGACACGGCUGACCGAGUAGCAGGACACGCGGGUGUGGCCAUUAGCUUUGCAACGCUGCUGCGAGGCACGGCAUACCACAGUUCACGUCAACAGUCGUACCUCCCUGCGGACCUCAUGACCAAGCACGGUGUGACUAUGGAGGAUCUACUGGCCGCAGUCGAGGAUCCCAAAUUGGGCGACAAGGUGGCGCCAGUGGUGUUCGAUGUUGCUUGUCGUGCGAUGGAGCACCUCCAUCAAGCUCGGUCGCUGCGGAAGGAGUUGCCCAGCAAGUCGCGCAGGGCGUUCCUGCCUCUAGUGAGCAGUGCAACGUAUCUGAAGGAACUGGAGGCAUCCAACUUCAACGCUUUUGCUCCGGAGUUGCAAAGCCGCAACAUGUUUCAGCUGCACGUGCAAGUGCUAAAACACUUUUUCAUGCGCAAGUAUUAG